AUGAGUUCACCCUUAGAUUCACUUCUCGGACGUGCCAUAGAUGCCAAACUUGAAGCUCAUAGAAAACGGUUGGCCAAGAGUAGAGAAUGGCUCAAAACACAAACUCAACAACUCUCGCCAAAGAGUUCUCCACCCAAGGACGGGGAGGGUGGAGCCUCUGCUUCAUCCUCAUCAGCAGCAUCGUGGGGAAAGGUGGAUUUAAAUUCGCAGAGGCGAGUAAGAAACAUUGAUGAUGGUGAAAGUGUUGAGGCCAUCAUUAAUAAGCUAAAGCUCAAUGCUUCUUCCAUCUAUGACUCAUCCGAUGACGAUGAUGACAAUUUCAAAAAUUUCAAAGGAGGCAAUAGUACAUCUAAUACAAGUAGAUCUAACAAUUCCAACUUAACAAUAUCAUCAUCAAACACUCCUAGGCAACCACCCAUUGAGCAUAAAUUGUUGGAGGAAGGCAAGAUGAUGGAGGAGCGAAAAGAACAAUUAAGGGAUAAGCACUAUAGCGAGAUUACAUUCCGUCCCAACAUUAGCGAAGAAUCAAGAAGACUUGUCAACAAAGGGGACCAAAACAACUCAAGCUUUGUUGAAAGAUUUGAAGAGCAAGAAAGACUCAGAAGAGACACAUUGGAUACCAUUCGGAGCGAGCUCAAUGAGGAACCCUCUUUCAAACCUUCCAUUUCUAAAAUGGGGCAAGAAAUGAAGGGACGAGAGGACGUAAGUCAAGUAAAUAGGUCAUGGCUUUCGGAGAGAGAUGAAAAAUUGAACAAACUACGAGAAUUGAAGGAAGAACAAGAAAUGGAAGAGGAGAUUUUCAAACCAAAACUCAAUCCAAGAACUCUCAAAAUUAUUGAGAGAAAGAAAGCUAGUUUGAGAGAAAAUUUAUCAUUAGAGGAAGCUUUUGAACGAAAAGAAUUCCUUAGACAACAACGUGUACAAGAGAUGGCAGAAGAACAAUUUGGAACAAUGGUUCCCGGAACCCCUAAAAUUACCGCUCAAGCUGCCAAAAUGAUACGAGAUGGAAGCGUGUCUGAUAGACUUUAUCAGUUAAGUUUCAAGAUGAGCGAAAAGAAACAAGAAAUGUCACUUCAACAUCUUGAAGAUGAAAAGAAAAUGUUUGAUUUUAAUCCUAAAAUUAACUGGAAUGAAUUUGAACGAGAGGAACCUGUGUAUGAUGACUUGUACCACCAAGAAGAAAAUUCUAGAAUCAAGAGAGUUGAGAGAAUGGAAAAAUUGUUGGAAAAGGAGAAUCUUCUUCACCAUCCAAGAAUUAAUCCUGUCUCAGAGGAGAUUGCUUCCCGACUUCCUCACUCGUCUAAAGAAAGGCUCCUAUCAAGCGGGAGCAAGACUCCAAAGGGAUCUCCAAUCAAAAUGGAGCUCACUUUCAAGCCUCGUAUCAACGAAAAAUCAAAACUAAUUGAAAGUGACAAAUCUCAAUCAGUAGAGGAACGAAUUACACAAUUAUUGAACUUUGACAAGAAGAAGAAACAAUCGCUUGAAGAGAAACGAAAAGAAAAGGAUGAAAAAGAAAUGGAGCAAUGUACUUUUAAACCAAAUGUAUUGGCAAAUCCAAAAACACACUCACUUCAAAAAACGUUUGCUGACAGGUUAAUAUUUUGGGAUAAGAAGAGAAAGGCCAAACUGGAACAAGAACGAAAAGAGAAGACACUUCAAGAAUUAAAACAAUGUACCUUUAAACCUACCAUUGAUAGAAUUAAGCAAGACGAUCUGACAAAAUUAGAGAACGAUUCAGAACCUCUAGGAUUUGAUGAUUUUAUUCAACGACAAAUUGAAGCUAGGGAAAAGAAGAAGCAUGCAUCUAGGGUUAUCAAUUAUGGUGAGAAUUGGAAACACGAGACAACUGUCCCAAAGGAAUUCACCUUUGGGCAAAAGACAGCUGUGAUUAAGUCCCUUCGCAAGCCAUUAACACCACAAACAUCAAAAAUAAUGGAGCCUGAAGACAUGGACAAGAGUUUUGAACUUCAAUACAGGGAAGUGUACCACGUUGUUGAUGAGGCUAGACGUGACUCGGAAAGUAUGGAAGUAUUCCCGCCUCAAGGGCUAUUUUCAACAAAGAGUACGCUAAGUAUUUUGGAAGGAACUGCUGGAUCGUCUUCACCACCUUCGUCGCUCAAUUCCUCCUCCAAUCCUCUCUUGUCACAGCUUAAUUAUUUGGCUUCACCACACAGCACUGAAAAAGAUCUAUCACUGUCUGACCUUAAAGAUUAUCCAUCCCCAACCAAUGAAUGGAUGAAAAGAAGCAAGCAAAAACUUUAA